CGUCAGCAGCUCUGUCUCUUUCUCGCACAGUGUUUACGUCACAACGAGUCUCGCUCCCUCGCGCGUGACGUAACUGCGCGUGCGCAUUUACGAACAGUGCAUUCACUCGGAGCGUAAACAGCGCGAGAUCAAAACGUAAAUUUACUUUAUCAUUAAGUUUACGUUAAGUUAUAGUAAAUACGUAAAGAAUAAUUUAUCUAAUAAAAAUUUGUUUCGUCAUUCUUGAAGUCGAGUGCUGUGAACAUAUUUUUUAUGUGGCAAUAAAGAAAUCUAUCUGAAGGCUAAACAUUUGCAAUGGACGCAACGAUGGAAAACAAAAUCGGCAUGCCUCCACCGUACGAGCAGGCGAUACCGAACCCAGCUCCACCGCCGUCAUACUUCGGGAACAACCCACCGCCGCCGCCAGGGCUACAUGCACCCCCGACGGCUCCGCGCACCACGGUCAUAACGACCCCUCCGACAACAGGCUCGCGUCCCAGCAAACUGGGGCCGGGCCCCACCGGUACCACGUGCGCCACUUGCAACAAGUCCAUAGUGACGCGGGUUGAUUACGUGCCAAACAAUAGAACGCAUAUCGUGUCGGCCGCUCUUUGUGUUCUAGCUGGUUGCUGUUGUGGCUGCUUCGUCCCUUACUGCAUGAGGUCCUGCAAAACUGCGAAUCACUACUGCCCCCAAUGUCAAGCGUUCGUCGGGUCUUACAUACCCUCUUGAUUGCAUCCCCGGUCUAACUAGGAUCCGAUGUAACAUCACUGACUAUUUAAUUAUAUUUUGAUUUAAGUAUAAAACUUCUACUUUAUUACCACAAAAAAAAUAUAAACGCGUUCAACGCGAGCAUAAGAAAAAAGACAUACAAAAUUUGUCUAAGGCUGGACGCAUAGGUACGGUUUCCCAUCAGGAAUUCCAAUUUGAAGACCUCAAAGCACGUACACGUACGUAUACAAAAUGUUCGAUGAUGCGCAAACUUUUAUUAAUUUGUGAAAAUGGAAAAAACCUAACAAUCAAUUUGGAAACUACUUUCUUUGGUUAGAAUCUGAAUUCCUGAUCCGGAAACAGAACAUAUGGGCCCGUCCUAAACAUGGUUUGAAACCGUGUCUAACUUUUUCUAGUAAGACCGUCAGAUUUUUUAUAUUGUGAGGAAUAAGCAAUAUUGUUACUAGAAAGAGUUCAACUCGGUCCGGGUAUCGGUGCUUUCGCCUGGAUAGCGAAGAUUUUAGGUUAAUUUGAGCCUGAGCUGAGUUGAAUUAUAUCUAGUGAUAAUAUGCGAAAAAAUAUUUUUUUAUCUUUAAUUAUUAUUAUUAUCCUUAACGAAUUUAAUAAGGGGCGAUUCUGUCGAAGUCCUUUCAACUAAAUUUAUCCGAAGAAAGAUAUAAAUAAAAAGCCACCGUCAGUUUUAUGAAGUGCUGAUGGUUAAUUAAUAUUAUUUUAAUUUAAUUGGCAAGUUUUUACCGUCUGAAACGUAAAAAGAAGAAAAUUAGUUUUAAUUUAGAUAUUUCAUACAACAGAAUUGAGCUCUUUUUGUAAUAAUUUUAUUUAUAUAAAGUUAAACCCAAAACUGGCAUUGAGUCUUCAAAGUGUUUGUGAGUAAGUACUUAUUAAGAACUUGGUGUCUUGGUCUCUCGUUUAGUUAUAAGUUAGCUGUAAUUCAAUCGUGUGAUACUUUAUUAAAUCCUAAUACUAAAUACUGAUGAUAUAUUUUGAUGAUUUCAGUUUAAGAGUGCCAAAAACGAGCGGUGUUAUCAAAAUAUUUUUAGAAGUUAUUAAUGUUCACGAUUAAAAUAUUAUUAUCACUGUACCCCUAGCUAGCUUAGCAAGGACUAAUAUCAAAUUGUAAUAGUUGAAUUCGAUCUUAUGUCAGAUGUCAAGAAGUUUUGUAAGAAAGAUUUUUAACCCUGGUUAUGUCCGUUGUGGCGCUGUUCAAAUCUAUACACAACUUUUUGACAUUUUAUGCGUAUUAAGAUAGAAUUGAAACAUUCGAAUUCUAUAUUGGUUUAUGUUAAGGUUACCGUUUACAAUUUUUCGUCGUAAUUCACGACUCAAAACUGGGGCAGCAAAUCUUAGGUGUUCGGUAUAUUUUGUUACAUCAAGUUUUCAAAAUAUAAAUAUGAAUCUCGGUAGACACCUACUUAUUUUUUUAAUAAAUGUAUUAUAUCAAAUCCUUAUGAAAAAUAAUAAGCAUAUAAUAACAUCAAUGUAUAGAAAAUUAUGUGUUUAGAAUUAUAUAUUUAGAUUUUAAUUUUCUUAAUUUCAUAUAUUUUUUUUAUGAUCUAUAGUUAUGCUUCUUUGUAAAUAUGAUUGUGAUUGUAAUAAAAUUAGGAAAAUCCAUAUGUUGAAACUCAAGGAGUCGGUUAUAAUCUUGCCUCUUCUAUUAAAAUUUUAAAACAAAGCAUAUCAAUCAAGAUCUGUCUCGAUUGCCAAAUUAAACGUUUACACUAUUACUUUAACAAUAAUUAUUUUACAUUGUGUUAAUUUAAAGAGAAUUUCUGAUUCUCCAAAGUGAAUAAUGAAAAUGCGACAGGUAAGUACAGGCAACAGUUAAUUAGACAAUUACUUUUUCAAUCAAUUAGUUAUUAUUUUAGGUUAUAUAGGUAAUGCUCAAAGUCGAUUGUAAAUUAUCAAAUAGUGGUUGCGUGACGCACUAUUGUCUGUCCUUACCUAUUCAUAAAACAAUUGUUAAUGACAAAGGCGGAUUCGUUUAUAAAUACUUAUUUAAUUAACAAAUGAAUGGAAAAAACAUAAUAUAUAAGAACAUUAUAACGAGAGUAUAAUAUAGAUUACACAUUUAAGAUAUAAAAAAGUGAGAAAUAUUUCAAAUCUUCACUUAUCAAUUGUAAAAUAGAAUUUUGUAAUUGCUUUGGAUUCACACAAAGUAUUCCGGCUUUAUUAAAUAAUAAACGGCAUGCAAACAUCUUUACAAGCAAUGUUAUAAUAUAUACAUACCCCGAUUCGAAAAACCUAACGUUAUAUCUGUUCUUUAUGAAUCACGAAUAAUAAAUCUUUAUGAGUUCAAUAACUAUUUAUGUUUCUGCUUCCUUAAAACCCGCCACCAAAUCAAAACUCACUCUGAAUCUUUUUCCAUUUCUCCAGUGUCAAAUGAUGAAAUUAGGAAAAUUAUUAUGUCCAUAAAGUCAAAAGACGUAUGAUACGACGAUGUGAGCAGGGAUAUGAUAAUAAAUAUUCUUGACGUUAUCGUUCCCAUCAUUGUACAUAUCGUCAAUUACUCCUUUUUUACUAGUUCCCUUCCUCUUCCUUGGCGUAAAGGCUACGUUCUUCCUCUUCCUUAAACGUCCACUCCAAGGCGGCUAAAUAAAGUGUGGUCUAUCAGAUGGCUGGCGCUUCGCUGGCUUGCUCGCUGGACUCGCGCUAAGUUUAGUUCACAACGCUAACUUAACAUAACCCCCACUGUGAGUUGGUCAAUCGUUCAUUGUUCUGUAAUUCAUUUGGUAAGAAUUAUAAUAUCCGUCCGUGUUUUAUAUGCAAUUGGGUAGGCUAGGUUAGGUUUGGUUAGGAGAAUUACACAUUGUCGGUGGGCCAGCAGGUACUCUAUACAAUCCCGACAAAGUAUAAAAUAGAAAAUAAUAUUCCAUACUUUACCUAGACGCUCCAUGCAUUUUAUACAUUGCCUAGAUAUUGUAUAGAAUACCUGCAUUAUACAGAUUACCGGUAAUAUUGACAUAAGUUAACACUGUAAACACAAUUAGGAGGUGUGUGUAGAAAGGAGAUUGCUCAAAUUGGCCUAAAUGCACAAAAAAUAUUGACAUACACGGUAAUUCUUGGCGUAAUUUAUAAUUUAAUUUACAGUCAUUAGAUUUCAACGGACACCUUUGUAUAAUAUAUUUACUUUAAAAAAAGGUAAAUUUAAAAAAUCA